AUGUCUCCUCCGGCUGUGGAGAUUGGGUCGCCUGUUGAAACGAUCCCUUCUUUCCGAAACCCCACCGAUAUAUUCUUUGCAUUUUUCCCUGAGAGUGUUCACUCUCGCGAUCAACGAAGCAUGGACCCUUCCUCUACAGAACCCGGUUUCGGAGAUGGAAUCCACUUCGAGUUCGAAGCUGGCUCAGGACAAAAGACCAAGACUCGACAGAAGCCGAGGCUGGUCAAACUCAGGAAGAACGGUAGAAAAGUGAAAGGAGCCUCUCCUCCCGACGAGAUCCUACCUGGUUUCAAUCCCUUUGCGCCGCCAUGUAAAAGUAGUCUUAACUUGAACAGUGUGAAAAUUAAAAACGAUGGCGAUAAACAUUUUGUCUUUGGGGCUUAUGGUAACGGUUCUGGUGCAGAAGCUAAUGCCCCAGUAGCUUCGUCGUCUGAUGAGGAGGAAUUUAGCACACCUUUAGGUGAUGAUAAUCCGGAGAACAUCAGACAGUGUAAUAAAAGCACAUCUUUGGCUGCGUCUGAGGAGGUUUUUCUAGGACAGAAUGACAUAGACAGGAAUACAUCAGAAAGUACGUCUUGUUGUUCUGAUACUUGUGGAAAGUCUAACAGUGUGCGAAAUGCUAAUGGUGAGACUAUGGAUGAUUCUGAGUUUAACCUGCGUGCUGAGAUGAAGAAGCUUAAUCUCAGUGAUACCAGAGUUCAUGAUGGCAACAGCUACGAGGAAGCGAGCAAAUCCAGUAACGCACCUGCAUUUGUCUUUGGUAGCUCUGGAAAAGCUGAUGCUGGAUGUAAAGGUGCGGCAAAGCCAGGGCCAUGGUCUUUUAGUUUCAAUGGUUUUCACCUAAGUGAUAAUGCAGCGGAUACAAGACCUACUUCUCAUUCUGAUACCACCAACGUAAACAACUUCACAAGCACCACCUUUAAUACAAGAACAUCCUUUGACGAUUUCAAAGCACCCCAAUGGGAUCCUUCUGUGCUUAAGAACAGUCUGUUUCCAGAAGUGAGUAGGAAUCCAGUACAUGCGCGAAGAAAUCGUUUAUCCAAGGACAAGAGAUCAAAGAAAGUCAAGGAACAUAUGAAACAGCACGAGCCGAAUCAAUGCAGCGAUCAGGCUUCUGAGGGAACUAAGUCACAAGAGAAAUUCGGUUCCCCUGGACCUGGAGUUGGCUCACCCAUGGACUUUUCUCCUUACGAGGGUGAGAAAGCCAGCAAUCAAUUUCCGACAGAAACUCCUCAGACAUCAAAUGAUCCCUCACAUUCGAGAGAACAUGUGAAUUCCUCAGCCAGGGAUCCAUCUCUCUCUACAGCAGAGGAUCAUGGAAGUAGUGGUAUGCCGCAAUUUUCUUUCUCAGCGUCCAGCUCUCAGGGGAAAAUACCAAAUAAGAAGCUUGAAGCUGUAAGGAAAUAUAAGAGGAAAGUUAAUAACAUUUUUUCGAAGAACAAACUUAAUGCCACCAUGCGAAACAAUCAAGAGAAUCAACCUGUGAAUACAGGUCAAGCUAAACAGGAGUCAGGCUCUACAUCUGCGAUGCCUGAUGUAUGUGAGGUUUGGCGACUAAGGGGAAAUCAAGCCUACAGAAAUGGUAAUAUGUGUAAAGCUGAGGAAUGUUACACACAUGGUAUUAAUUCCUCCCCGUCAAGUGAUAAUUCAGAACACUCUGUGAAGCCUCUGGCGCUUUGCUAUGGCAACCGCGCGGCAGUAAGAAUCUCUCUUGGAAGAUUGAGGGAGGCUAUAAGCGACUGUGAGAUGGCUGCUUCACUUGAUCCAAGCUAUAUUAAAGCGUAUAUGAGAGCUGCAAACUGUCAUCUUGUGCUGGGGGAACUUGGAUCAGCAGUGCAGUAUUUUAAUAAAUGCAUGGAAUCCGCCUCUAGUGUCUGCCUGGAUCGACGAGCUACUAUAGAAUCAGCUGAAGGUUUACAACAGGCUCAAAGGGUAGCUGACUAUACCAACUGUGCAUCCAUACUUUUGGAGAAGAGAACACCUGAUGGCGCAUCUGAUGCAUUGGUUCCAAUUGCAAAUGCCUUGUCAAUUAGUUCUUGCUCAGAUAAACUGCUUCAAAUGAAGGCGGAGGCCCUGUUAAUGAUCCGACAGUAUAAAGAGGUGAUUGAGCUUUGUGAGAAUACUCUUCAGAGGGCUGAGAGUAAUUCGGUUUCAGCAGGGCUUGGUGGCAUGACGAAUGUUGAUGGAUUAGGGUCUAAGCAUCACUCACUAGUAGUUUGGAGAUGGAACAUGAUUUCCAAGUCGCACUUCUACUUGGGAAACCUUGAGAUGGCCCUUGAUGUAUUAGGAAAGUUACAGCAAGGGGGAUCUAGCCGCAACGAGAAUCAGGAGGAGUCUCGUGACUCACCAGCUUCUUUAGUGGCCACCAUUUCUGAACUUUUACGUUACAAGAACGCAGGUAAUGAUGCUGUUCGGGCAGGAAAGUACAUGGAAGCAGUAGAGCAGUAUACUGCUGCACUAUCAAGAAAUGUUGACUCACGCCCUUUUGCAGCAAUUUGUUUUUGCAAUCGUGCGGCUGCUAAUCAGGCCUUAAGCCAGUUUGCCGAUGCAAUUGCCGACUGUAGUCUUGCCAUGGCUCUUGAUGAAAACUACACAAAGGCAGUUUCCAGGAGAGCCACACUACAUGAGAUGAUUAGAGAUUAUGAUCAAGCAGCUAGUGAUCUCCAGAGGCUUAUCAGCAUUCUCGUAAAGCAAAAUGAUGGGAAGACGAAAACGUCAGAGACAUCUGCUGAUCGUGCAAGCAGCAGGAAAGAACUAAGGCAGGCCCGUCAACGGUUGUCUCUGAUGGAAGAAAAAACUAAAGAAAGCAUUCCUCUGGAUUUUUUCCUCAUCAUGGGAGUGAAGGCAUCUGACUCUGCUGCUGAUAUCAAAAAGGCAUACCGCAAGGCAGCUCUUAGACAUCACCCUGACAAGGCUGCACAGAUUCUUGUCCAAAGCGAAAGCGAAGGACCCUGGUUGAAGGAGAUCUUAGAAGAGGUUCACAAGGGUGCAGAUAGGCUCUUCAAGAUGAUUGGAGAGGCAUAUUCAGUUCUUUCUGACCCAACUAAGAGGUCGGAUUAUGAACUUGAGGAAGAAAUUAGGAAAGCGAGGGCAUCGAGAGAAAGCUACAGAAGCAGAAAGGCUGCAGAAGCAAGUAGCUCUCCAUGUCACACAAGUCCAAGCGGUCGAUACUGGAGGCAAAGCGAGAGGACAUACCGAAACACGGCUUCUUGGUGGUAG